UCCUCAGGAACUGGUGAGUCCUCAGUGUGAGCAUUAAUCUUGUGCAUUCUUGAGUCAGAUCAUGUUGUUCAAUCAGGCGGAGCAUCUUAGAGAGGGAACGUCCCCACCCGCACACGGGUCUUUUAAGGAAAACUUAUUACAGGUGCGUUAAAAGGAGUACAAAUAUUUGAAAAUUCGUUUAAGGCAUAAACAUUGAGAAAUAAAAUGGCUUAUGGAGAAGCCUGCCCAUUUUGAUCUCUGAUGUGUGUAACAUGCAAACUCUUGCACAAAGAGCAGUGCUGGAAGGGGAGAGGGGACGGUCACUGACCUGGGGUCACUCCUCUUGCACGUUGCUGCAGCACAGCUGCUGGGGCUGCAACAUCUGCUCCAGAGCAGGCACCAACCAGUGCAAAGCUUGGUGCCUGCACAGCAAGCAGGACUGCAAAGGCUCUAAGAGGGUUUUUGCUGCCAUUUCCGAGACUUACAGUGUUGGAGGCAGCUUGAAUUAGUGUCCUAAUAAUUAGAGAAAGGGGUCGUCCCUAUCCCUCUGCUGUUGGAAAAGGCACAAUCCCUGCUGCAGAGUAGGUGCAGAGCUGCAAGGAUAGCACCUGAGGAUGAGAGACACUUCUGCAUUUGGGUCACUUUGUCCGAAGCUGAAGGUAAGUGUCCAAGCCUUUGAAUUCUUAUCCUUAGCCAAACCCAAAAGGCUCAGGUUUGGCACUGCAAACAUUGGUGUUUUUUUUUCUCUUCCUCUUCCUCUGCAAUGAAUUCAAGAGCAUUUUUAAGUUGUGCUGGGGGAGGUUCAGGUUGGAUAUCAGGAAAAAUUCCUUCUCUGAAAGAGCAGUGAGGCACUGGCACUGGCUGCCCAGGGAGGUGGGGGAGUCACUGUCCCUGGAGGUGUUCAAGUACUAUGAGGAUGUGGCACUGAGGGACGUGCUUAGAGGGCGUGGUGGGGAUGGGCUAAUGGUUGGACUAGAUGAUCUUUUCCAACUUUAAUGAUUCUAUGAUUUAAUCUGAACAAUUCUUUCUGAAUUAAGAAUAAAAGAAAUUAUAGGAAUUUGCAUACUUCCCUCCAUGAUAUUUUUGGACCUUGGGUGCUAAUCUCCUGUGUGCAUGAAUGCUCCCUUAGGAGAUCACUGCCUGGUACCCUGCAGCAUUCAUUCAAAGUUAAAGGCACAAAAUUGUAUGUGUUUGCUUUACAAAGAUGUAAGGGUCUCAUUUUUAUUUGGAUAAACUCCUGUACAAUGUCUCAGAAUAAACUGAAUAAUUUUUAAUUGAAGGCUACUCCUCACUGCCCAACACUGUAAAUUCAUCUCCUUGCAAAUGAAAAUCAGCCUUACGUUAGUAUUUUGUGCAUGCAUAUGGAUAUAUGUUCAUAUUUACUGAUUUUUGUAUAAUUCUAUUGUCAUCUUCAACUAUAGUUUUGUUUCGUUUGUUUGUUUUUCUGUACAAAAAGUGGCCUGGUUGUUGGGUAAGAAAUUGCACACAAGGAGAGGAGCACAAUGCUGCACUUGGUCCUUGACUACCUCAGGUUGGAAUUCCCCUUGCCCACCUGCAGUCCGCAAGGCUUAACAUUUUUGAUUAAAUUCAGCACAGUAAAUAGUUACAGAUUUAGCAAGAUGGGGCCUUUGUAGUCUGUGGUUAUAGAGCAAAAAUGAAAAGAAACCGAGUUUCUCGACAAAGACUUUUAAAUCAAGUUUUUAAACCAAGGAUAGAAACUUUGUGAAUCUCCCAUCCAUUUCUUUUUCCUAAACUGUUUUCACCCCCCCCCCCCCCUCCGGAAUAUCUGGACAAAUGUCUGUAUAGUUUUGUCUUGUACAGCAUCCAUUGUGCUUCCAAGCCUUGGGUACUUAGAUAACGAUCUCUUUUCACUUGAGUUUCCCAUCAUAUAAAAUGAGUUCUCUGCAAUACUGUUAUGGGUUACCAAGGCCCUUAUCGGUUGGUGGCUGCUUUGGCACGUCUAGAUUUCUUUGUAAUGCUGUAGUAAGUGAUAAAAAUGGUCUGAAAAAGCAGGCUGCUUCCAGAAAAUGGGGUCUUUGCAGAACCCAAAUUUUCUCUGAUGGUGAAAAAAUGGACAACCAGGCAUAGGCCUGAUCCUGUAUGGAUCCCAUUAACCCGCUGAUCUCUCCCAGUGCUGCUCUGCAGUGCUGGGACGUUAAAUGCCUCACCGCUAGAUGAACAAUUUGCUUGAUCUGCAGAGAAGACAAUAUUCUGCGCAGUACAUACUUUCCCAGUGAGUCACUCUGCCCCAAAUUUAACCUCCUAGAUGCUAUGGAUUUUUUAAAAAAGUUUCUUUACAAAAUAUAAUAGCACAGCCAUAGCUUUCAUGAAGUAUUUUCCAGCUGCUUAGUGGCCAAGCCUUCUGCCUAGUGUGUAUUUCAGCCUAGCAUACAUUUGAUAAUCUGUGCCAGUAUCCAGUGUUGGUGGUCUUAAAAUUCAACAACUGAGUGGAAAACUGUUAAAUGCGUGGGCCUCAGAGCAUGCCUAAUUAAUUCUUUGCAGGGUUUUACUCCUUUAAAAAGUGUUUAAAACAUGGAUUCGCUGUAUCAUUGAAUAUCGCAUGCUUCUGUGGAAAUAAAUUGCAUCAGCUUGAUUCCUUUGCUAGUUCAGAGAGUUAUGGCUCUGCACUCACUUGGGAAGUUUGCAGGAGUCUUUUGAAAGUUCGGGUUAAAACAUGCAAAAGUUGCUAAUGAUGUGGAGUAGUUCAAUGACAAAGUGAGAGCCCAAACUGGCACCUGGGCACAGAGAUCAGCCACGCUCAGAAGCGAGCUGUAAAUCUGCCUCGCUCUCACCCCUCCAGAAGGAAUUUGCAUUCAGCAUGUGGGCUUUUUUUUUUUUUUUUUUUUUACUUUGAAAAAUCAGAAAAUCAUGCUUGUGUUUAUUUUAUUUCAUGACUGCUUAAGGUGAUUAUAACAGCUUAAUCCUGGAAAGCGCUGGCGACUCCUAAAAAGCAGAGGUGAGGAGCACGUGCAUGGGGUUGAGCCAAGGAGAAAGGAGCUCACUGGAGAGGCGCUCUGACCUUGCAAACUCCACAGCCGAAGAAUUUGGAAGAUGUUUGGCUGGGCACAGAGCAGCCCAUCAGGAGCCAGGGCCGGGCACAGUGAUGCUCUGCUGCAGCCAUGCAGCGUUUUGCUGCCAAUGGGACUGAGAAUUGCGCAGGAUGCCUUCCAAAUGGCAAACCACACUAACGUGCAAAUAUGCAUUAGCAUAAACGCAGCACUGCCAAAUACAGCUAACUAAAAAGCACACACCUAAACAUGGAUGUGUGCAUUAACCCCCCUCCCCUUUUUUUUUUUUGAAUACACAAGUGCCCACUUUGCAUUGUAAUUUAAUGUGGUUGCACUGAGAUCUGUGAGUCCUCACUGCUGGUAUGUGAGGCUGUGCUUUCACGGGGCACCCCCAGGCAGAACAUCCCCACUUCUGGGCUCAGCUCUGAGCUGUGCAACACAAAUAUACAGGGUAACCGAUUUUCUUGGCUGCUCCAGACAGGUUUCGCAAGUAUUCCAUGUUUGUUAAAUGGAAACCGAUUGAAAUUGCAUUUAUUGGAGAUUAAUUAGGUGAUAGAUAUAUUGCACUUUGUAUUUAAUUAACUGUUUUGUGUUCAAUAGAAGGAGAUCACUUUGCUGCGGUAGUUGUUGUGUACCAUUAACCCACUAUGACAGUGAGGAAGAAAGACCUGCUGUAUUAUUUAAGAGCCACCCCAGCCUGCAAUAUUUAAGAAAGAACAGUACAGAAGGUACAGUCGAUUAUUGUAAUUUAAAGUCCAUUAUACUCAGGUUCAUCAGUCCGUGUGCAACGGCAGUUGCUUGGAAGUGUGGUCAGAAUUUCACCUGACUCUCUCCAGUUCCCUCAGCAGCGGGCAGCUUCUCUGCUAUACCCAUAUGUGCCCAGCUGCCUUCAUUACACUGAUUUAGAAAUUAAUUUGGCAAUUUGGUUGAGGAGGUCAGCACUUUCCUCUAUCCUCCUUUUAGAUCGGGUCAUGACUUAGGCUAAGGUUUGAAAAUUGGCACUUGAAUUUUCACUGUAGUUUAAAUUUCCUCCCCUAGACUGCUGGCAUGCCACAGUAAUAUAGUUAUUGCCCUACAGAAAUUGCAGUUUUCCUGGUCUGGCAUCCUGUUGCUGGCAGUGAUCUGCAGCAGAUGCUCCAGCAGCAGACGAAAGCAUUAGGAACCGAAUGGCAACAGAAUUCUGCACAGUAUAGUCCUCAUGCCCGGUGAGAUACUGGAAGGGGACUGAGUGCCAUAUAUCGCCUGCUUCUGUGCGGCAGCAGGGAGAUCCCCGUGCUCCAGGUGUGUAGGAAGGAUGUGCAGAUGCAGACAUCUGAGCUCCGUGCUCCGCGCCUUGCUGGAUGCAGACAUGCUGAUGUAAUCACGUGUGUGUGGGAUGAUCGCGUCACUCCGAGAGCACCGAGGUUUUGAUGGUCACUGAUAUUUUAAUGCCGUCCCUUGGACCCCUGCAGUUUGUGUCUGCGUACUUCUACAUGGUGCUUUGGCAGACACAAGUGAAGAUACCGCAGGGCCCUGGGCUCCGGAAUGGUGAUAUCUGCGGGCUCAGGUUUGCUCGUCCCACACACAGCAGGCUUUAAGCUCUCUGGUUCACCGGGCUCUGCACGAGUGCUCAUGACCUAUGCUCACUGCUCACCGUGCUGAAGUGAGCAGCCAUGUGUUUUUUUGGAAGCUGUCCUGCUCUGUCUCAACAGCUAUUUGUCAUGUUCCCUUAAUGCCACAGCUGUUUGGCUACGCCAGGUCAUCUGCUUUUAUUAGUCCCUUUCCCGCCACCCCCUGAAACUCACACCAGCUGCCCGAAGAUCCCGAUCUGCAUCCCAGAAUAGCACUUCUCUCCCUUCCCUUCCCUCAGUGACUGGGGAGCUCCAGUGUUUUCCCCCUUUUCCCCAAAUUCUGCUGGGCCAUGAAGGCUGGUGUCGCCGCGCUAACCGCAGGCAUCCUGGGCAGCACAGCCGUGCUGCUCUUCCUGCUCGCCUUUGGGACGGACUACUGGCUGCUGGCUGCGGACGUGUGUGGGGUCACUGGGGAUGGGAACAGCACGCACCACGCCGGAGAGGCAGACACGCUGGCAGAGGCUGGGACACAGAUCCUCACUUUCCAUCACGAGGGCUUCUUCUGGCGGUGCUGGUUCUUUGGUGAGGGCCAGUCUGCGACCAUCUGGACCUUCUGGUACACCAGCCAAGCGCACCCCAAGCACUGCAUGCAUGGCUACCUGUUCCCCAUGCCCAUCGUCCUGGGGCCUUUCCCACAUCCCUCCUAUGACACGACCGCAGUGUACAGAGGCUUCUGGACGGCGUUCAUCAUACUGGCCGUGGCUGCUGGCCUGGUGGGAGGACUGCUGCUGGUGUGCGGUGUGCCCUUUGUCAGCGCCAGGUCCUACAAAGUGGGCGGCGGGUUCCUGAUAGCCUCAGGAAGUUUAUUUCUCCUGCUCAUUUUCCUCUUUGUGCUGUGGAAGGAGUUUGUGGCCGAUUUCCAAAAGUACAUCCUCCUGGAGAGGAGCGAGGUGUGCCUGCAGGAGACUCCUGUACACGUGUUCUAUGGCUGGUCCUUCUUCCUUGCUGCCGCUGGCGUGCCUCUGUCGCUGCUCUCUGGGCUCAUCUUCUUCCUGAUUGGCAGAGAAAUGACAGAGUCCCUUGAGUAAGAAAAGGUGCUGAGAAACCCUUGGAGAAAAUUGUUGAUGCUCCUUCUCAUGGAACUUACACAAGUUUUGAAGAUUAUGUCAUUUUUGUAGCUAUAACUGUUGGCGUAGGUGCAUGAUUAAAGUCAGUGCUGUGUGGAGGCAGGGGUGGAGCUCUGAGUCCUGUUGGCAUCUCUCUGGACUGUGCAGCAGUUUGAGAUUGGAGGACCAGCCUUCACUGUGCCAGGCAGCCACCAUGGCUUGCUGCUACCAGCGCGGCCCCAUCCGUGUUCAGCAGCACUGGAGGUUCCCAGCACCCUUGUUUCCUGCAAGAGGUAACUGAAUGUGGCUGUGAGGGUGUACGCUCUGAUGUCUUUUUCCAAAAAGCAAUUAAGGAUGAUUUUUUUUUUUAGCUAGCUCUAAUUGACGUCAAAGGACAACUGUUUUAAUGAAAUGUCAGGAAACGUGAGAGUUUUUUCAUUAAAAGCCCCAAUUCUGAAGAUACAAAUGUACCUGGGCCUAACCUAACUGGUAAUAAUGACUAAACCAAUGUCUAUGGUAUGCAACAUGAGUUGUAUUAAUCAGUAUUUCUUUAAAGCACCGUGCUACUAUGCAUUUAAUGUUUUCCCCGGACAGAGAGUUGUGGAAAUUUGCAAUCCAAAACUGAAAAUUGGAGCUGGGGGAAAGAAAACGGGAACAAUGAUACUAUGCUUUUUUUUGUUUGUUUUUAUGGUAGAACCUGUCAGCCAGCUCAGCAUGGGACCCUGUUGUAUUCCACUCAGCAAAAGGGCCAGCUCUGAAAAGACUCAUUAUAUGCAAUUUAUAUAUUUUUUAAUUCUUGCAAUUGCUCAAGUGUACACUGUCUGACAGGUUAAAGUGGUCCCACUAAGAGUAAUGCAUGCUAAUGCUAUACAAAAUGAUCUAAAUUCAGGAGGUGAUGUCAUUUAUCCUGUGUACGUGAAGGUUUGUAGACACUUGAGAAAUGACAAAGAGUUGAUCUUGUGUUUUUCAGUCAGGAUCUUGCUACUUUGAAGUAGUUUGUUGGGCCCUUGCUUGCUGAAUUAAUCUGCAUAAAUUUUAAAUUAAACUUACUAAAAAUA